GCGGCGCUCGGCUUCCCCGGGGGCUCUCCCGCGUCCCCCCCCCCCCCCCCCGAGGGGCGGCGCGGUGGGGCGGGGAGCGGGGGGGGGGGCGCAGGCCCGGCCGCCCCUUUCCCCUCAGCGCCGCGGGGCGGGGUGACAGCCCCGUGCCCCGGGCCUGCCCCUCGCCCGCCUCCUUCCCCCCCCCCCCCCCCGCCCCGCCGCGGGGCGCACCGACCGGGGCUGCCGUCCCCCACUCGCACCUCUCUCCACGCGGAGGGCUGCGAGCCGCUCGUUAGGGGAGGCGGGAGGACGAGGAGGAGGAGGAGGUGGGGGAGCGGGGAAAUCUAAAUAAAUAAAGGAGCCGGCAUGGGCGCGGAGCCCGAAAGGAGAGCACAGUCAGAAGAGGAAUGGAUGUAACAUGAUAUCCUUGGAGUGCUCAAAACACACCAAUUCUGCAAAGAUUUGUUUUUUGCUUAAGUAAUACAAAGAAAAUGGAUGAAUCGGCUUUGCUGGAUCUGUUGGAGUGUCCUGUUUGCUUAGAACGCCUUGAUGCUUCUGCAAAAGUCUUGCCCUGCCAACACACGUUUUGUAAACGCUGUUUGCUGGGCAUUGUGAGCUCUCGAAAUGAGCUUCGGUGUCCAGAGUGCAGGACUUUAGUGGACUGCAGUGUCGAUGAACUUCCCAGUAAUAUUUUACUUGUCCGACUGCUGGAUGGCAUCAAACAGAGGCCUCGAAAACCCGGUGCUGGUGGUGGGACUGGUAGCACAAAUGCUUUAAGGGUCCCUAUCAACACCGUAGCUAAUUGCGGAUCAAAGGACCUGCAGAGCUCUCAAGGUGGACAGCAGCAAAGGGUGCAAGCCCGGAGCCCUCCUGUUAGGGGUGUACCUCAGUUACCAUGUGCCAAAGCAUUGUAUAACUACGAGGGAAAAGAACCUGGAGAUCUUAAAUUCAGUAAAGGAGACAUCAUCAUUUUGCGUCGACAGGUGGAUGAAAAUUGGUAUCAUGGAGAAGUCAAUGGCAUCCAUGGCUUUUUUCCUACCAAUUUUGUUCAGAUUAUUAAACCUUUACCUCAACCUCCGCCUCAGUGCAAAGCACUUUAUGACUUUGAAGUAAAAGACAAGGAAGCAGAUAAAGACUGUUUACCAUUUGCAAAGGAUGAUGUUCUGACUGUAAUUCGCCGCGUGGAUGAAAAUUGGGCAGAAGGAAUGCUGGCUGACAAGAUAGGAAUAUUUCCAAUUUCAUACGUUGAGUUUAAUACAGCAGCCAAACAGCUGAUAGAAUUGGAUAAGCCCUCAGGUUCUGCUGUUGACUCUGGAGAAGGUACCUCUGGGGCAGCCCACAACAAUUCAACCCAAAAGCACAGCGAUACGAAGAAAAACACCAAAAAACGGCACUCAUUUACCUCCCUCACUAUGUCCAACAAGUCUUCACAGUCUUCUCAGAAUCGCCACUCAAUGGAAAUUAGUCCUCCUGUCCUCAUCAGCUCUAGCAACCCGACGGCAGCAGCACGCAUAAGUGAGCUGACGGGGCUUUCCUGUAGUGCCCCUUCUCAGGUUCAUAUCGGUACUACAGGGCUAAUUGUGACUCCACCCCCUAGCAGCCCCGUCACAACAGGGCCUUCAUUUACCUUCCCCUCAGAAGUUACCUACCAAGCUGCUCUUGGUAAUAUGAAUCCCCCACUUCCACCACCACCCCUCUUGUCUGCUGCAAUCAUUGCAUCGGCCUCUUCUGGACCUCAGUCUGCAGGUGUGAUACAAAGGCCUACAUCAGGAUCAACUGACCAAAUGGCACAUUUACGACCACAAACUCGUCCAAGUGUGUAUAUUGCUAUAUACCCUUAUACUCCUCGAAAAGAAGAUGAACUGGAACUGCGGAAGGGAGAGAUGUUCUUAGUGUUUGAACGCUGUCAGGAUGGCUGGUUCAAGGGAACUUCCAUGCAUACAAGCAAGAUCGGUGUUUUUCCUGGAAAUUAUGUGGCUCCAGUUACAAGGACAGUGACAAGUGCAUCCCAAACAAAAGUUCCCAUGUCUACAGCUGGCCAAACGGGACGAGUGGUAACUGUGGUCAGCCCUUCCACUGCUAGUGGAACAUCUCAGAAGCUCCAGGGGAACGGCGUGGCAGUGAGCUCCAGUACAGUACCCACGGCUGUGGUUUCUGCAGCACAUAUCCAAACUAGUCCACAAACCAAGGUUCUUAUGCAUGUGACAGGACAAAUGACAGUCAACCAGGCUCGCAAUGCAGUUAGAACAGUUGCCGCACACAGUCAAGAAAGACCUACGGCAGCAGUCACACCCAUACAAGCACAGGGUCCAACAUGCCUUAUUCCUGCAGCUGUGAUCAUUCCCCACCACUCUGUUGCCUCCCAGCAGCUCCAGCCCCAGCUUCCAAAUACUGCUGCUUACGUCACGGCUGUGAAUGUGAACCGCUCAACCAUCCCACUGGCAUGUGCAGCAGCUUCUUUGAAUUCUCCCAACAUUGCUGCUUCAUCUUUGGAGGGAGAUAUUGGUGGAAGAACUGCAAGCACUCACCCUGGAGCUCCUGCAUCUCCAGAGAGUGCUUUAGCAGCUGGUGGAAAUGCUGCUGUCAGUAAAGCAGACAAGGAUGGCAAGAAAGAAAAAAAAGGUUUGCUGAAACUGCUUUCUGGAGCAUCCACUAAACGCAAGCCUCGACUGUCACCUCCGGCAUCACCGACGCUGGAGGCUGAGCAGGCGGCCGCAGAGUUAGGCCUGCAAGGUGCGGUCGGGCCAGAGCUUCCGUCAGCAGGAGGUCACGGCAGGGCUGGGCCCUGUCCCGCCGACAGCGAGGUCUCUGCGCUGGCACAGGAGACGCUGCACCGGAAAACAAGUUCCCUGGAUUCCUCUGUUCCAAUAGCCCCGCCGCCUCGGCAGCCCUGCUCGUCCCUGGGUCCGGUCCUCAGUGAAUCCAGGCCUCUUGUCUGUGAAAGGUACAGGGUUGUGGUAUCCUACCCUCCUCAGAGUGAAGCAGAACUUGAACUUAAGGAAGGUGACAUUGUUUUUGUGCACAAAAAACGCGAGGAUGGCUGGUUCAAAGGCACUCUGCAACGAAAUGGAAAAACUGGCCUUUUCCCUGGCAGCUUUGUAGAGAACAUUUGAGAAGAUUAAUUCCAAGAGCUUCAAACCAUACUGUACUGUAAAAUAGCACAAAUAUUUUACCAGAAAAAGCACAGUCAUGGAGUAUUUUCAAGUGACUGUAAUGUAAACAAAAAUCUACAUAUUUUUACAGUGUCUAUAGCACAAUUACACCAGCGAACAAAGAAGAUGAAGGCAUCUGCUGGUUUUAUCACUUUGGAUUCUUAAGUGUGAUGUGUGCCUUGUACUGUCUGAUUUAUUAUAUAGAGGAACUUUUUUUUCCCCCAAGUAUGUUACAUAAAUGAACAAUUGUUUACAAGGCUGUAACUAAUUUAUUCUUGUUUUUUUUUUUAAACUUGAAUUUUGUGUAAUAGCUAAAAUUCUUGUGACUAUGAUUUUAACAAAUUAUUAAUUUAUGAAAGAAUAACUAAGGGGAAGCUGGAUUCUCUCCUUAUGAGCAAGCAAUUAUAUCUGAUAAAGAGCCUCCCGUUUAUCCUCUGGACAUUUUCCCCCUGCUGUGUCUGACAGUGGAGUAAGUCUCUGUUUUAUGAAUUAAUGUUGAGUGGUGGUGAUGUGGCGUCAAAUAGAAUUUGCCAAGUGGGGAAAAAAAAAUGUGUAUUUUGUUCUUUGGACGGAGGGAAAAAAAAAAAAAAUCAAGUCAGUGGUGUUCUUGAGUCUAGUUCUACUUCUUCAUAAAUCACCCAAGUAGAGUAAUGUUUCCAGGAGGCAAAGAUGUAUGUGAACAACUGAAUAAAAUUCAACCAUCUCAAGGUUAGGAUCAUCUCACGGUUAGGAAGGAAUAAAUUUAGGGGUGCCAAUAAGAAAUUCCCUGUACCUUCUGUUUAUGUAAUAUCUUGGCUAUUUGAACAAAGCUUAGCUUUGUGUAUUUGGCCAGUUCGUUGGGCAUUUAGCGCUCAGGAUCCAACAAAAUUGGAAGGAAUGUUAAAGCCCAACACUUGAAAACAUGUUUGAUAAGACUGAAUAUAAAAAUAAAAUUAUAAGUUGUACUUAAUGUCUAAAAAUGCCUAAGAAGUGUAAUUUGCUGUUUUCUUCUCAAACUGAUCUGCAUGGCCAAGAGAUGUUUUAAAAUGUCUGAGCAAUAGUGGUGGUAAGUGAUGCACUUGUGUUAAAGUAAAAGGCUGUAUGAAACACUGUGAAAACUUUACUGACUUCUUAACCAUUGCUACUUUGGUAUGUUCUGACCUUUUCUUUGUCCUGCAUGUGUUACUCAAUUCCUGCAGUAAUAUAAUUGUGCAUGGUUGGCAUUUUCCAUUACAAUUUCCUGUCGCUGUGUUAUUUUGCUCUGAAAGUUUCCCAAAAGCCACUUGACCAAAACUAGUGAGCGACUCAUCUUCAACCAGAGGUGUCCAGUGUUUGAAUCAUUAAUAAAAUAUUUUAAUGUCAUUGCAGCUGACGGAUAUAAAGAAUGCAGCCUGCAAGAAAAGCGUUGUUAGUCUUUCAGGGUUUUGUUAGAGAUUUGACACUGGUGAACACACAUGCCACUCAGCUGAACUUGUUUGUUGUUGGGUGGGGUUUUUUUGUUUUGGUUUUGUUUUGUUUUGUUUUUUAUUGUUUGGUUAUAGCAGUUUAAUGGUGAUUUUUUGGCAAGACACUGAGCACUGUCAUCUCCAGUUAAAUCUGAUGUAAUUUGGCUGUUACUCAGCACUUUACAAAGGAAAGCCAGUAGUGUGAUUCAGUGUCACACAGUACACAGAAACAGUGAUGAACAAGUACACACUGAUGUGUUAAAUCUGUAUAAUUUUUUUUUUUGAGGUUAUACAUUUAAAAGUAUCAAAUGUUAAUGACAAAGAUUUCUUGCAAUAUCAGGUAGUAUCAUGAUGGUCUUAAAAAUAAGAAGAAUAUAUAUAUAUAUAAAUAUAUAUAGUUGGACAUGACAGCAUUCCCAGAUUAACCAUUUCUCUGAAACACUGUAUAAUUCAGUUUUUGUGUUUUUAAAUAUUUUAAAAUAGUUUACUUGAAUAUUCAUGUAAUAUAUAAAGGUUUUGUGAAAUGAAUUUUAGUUAGAAAGAAGCUGAUACCAGCUUUUGUCAGCAUAAAUUGGCACUAGUGUGUCAUAAUCUUAUUUUGGAAAAUUUAGUGCAUUUUAUAUUAAAGACUACUAAAAGUUAAUUUUUUUCUAUCUCUCCAUAUUUUAAACUAAGUGACUAAGGUACCUCUAUUAAUAGAAUUUCAUGGUGUAAAGUCAGUUAAAAAUCAGCUGUUAAUCCAAUAGUUCUUUUAGAUGGAAUACAUUUUUAAUUGAUUUUUUUUUUUUAACAUUAAGUAAAUGUUUGUAAAAAGGGCUUAUUACAUAGCAGUGCAACAAUGACAAAAAUGCAGUUUAUCAUACCUUUUUUGUGAUCUUUUAGGGGUUAUUUUUGGUUUUGGCUUGGGAUUAAUUCAGUGUAGAAACAGACAAACCCUGUGCAUUUGCUUUGUGUAAUUCCAUACAAAAUUUUGUAAGGUAUUUUAUAUCUAUGUUUGAAGUCCAGUGAAUGUUAAGUGUUUGAUUUACUAUGUUAAACUUUCAAUCAUAAUAAAUAUUUUCUUAGCAAACA